AAUGUGACCAUUGUAUUCUGCAUCUCUUCCUAAAAAUGGCUUAUUCUUCUCUACCUUUCCCGUUGCUUUGUUAGUUUUUCUUCGCAUGCGAGACGGGUAACCAGCCCAUCUCGCUUAAUCUUUUGGUGGUGAGUUUGGCCGAGUCGGCCGUGGCCCGACGUGGCUAUGACGAGGAGCCGUAACCAGCACGCUCCACACAUAUCUUUCCUUUACCACACACACUCCUUUAACUCACUCUCCCUCUAUAGAAAACAAUGUCUUGGCAAGCUUACGUUGAUACCUCUCUUACCGGUACUGGCAAGAUCGAUAAAGCAGCUAUCGUCUCUCGUGCCGGCGACAGUGUCUGGGCCAUCUCUCCUAACUUCAACCUUGGCGCUGAUGAGUUGAAGAGUCUCGCCGCCGGUUUCCAAGACCCCCCCAGUAUGUUUGGAACUGGUAUCCAUCUUGCUGGUCAGAAAUACAUCACCAUCCGUGCUGAGGGUCGUUCUAUUUACGGUAAAUUGCAGAAGGAGGGAAUUAUUUGUGUCUCUACCAAAUUGGCAAUUUUGAUUUCUCACUAUCCUGAGACGACUCUUCCUGGAGAGGCUGCCAAAAUCACAGAGGCUUUGGCUGAUUAUUUGGCAGGUGCCGGAUAUUAGAGAUUUACUAUUACGGUAGUUGCAAGUUUUGCAAACUUAAUGAUUCAUAAUUAAGAGCAUUUAGAAGAA